AUGGAUGCCGCUCUGCUUCUCAACGUGGAAGGGAUCAAGAAAACCAUUCUGCAUGGGGGCACGGGGGAGCUCCCGAACUUCAUCACGGGAGCCCGAGUGACCUUUCAUUUCCGAACCCUGAAAUGUGAUGAUGAGCGGACGGUGAUAGAUGACAGCAAGCAGGUGGGCCAUCCCAUGCACAUCAUCAUCGGGAACAUGUUCAAGCUGGAGGUCUGGGAGAUCCUGCUGACGUCCAUGCGUAUAAUUGCUUUACAAUGGUGUGACAGAGUGCACACAGGGGUCUACCCCAUCCUGUCCCGGAGCCUGCGGCAGAUGGCGGAGGGCAAGGACCCCACUGAGUGGCACGUGCACACGUGUGGGUUGGCCAACAUGUUCGCCUACCACACACUGGGCUAUGAGGACCUGGAUGAGCUGCAGAAGGAGCCGCAGCCACUGAUUUUCGUAAUAGAGCUGCUGCAGGUGGAGGCCCCCAGCGAGUACCAGAGGGAGACCUGGAACCUGAGUAAAGAUGAGAAGAUGCAGGCGGUGCCCAUUCUCCAUGGAGAAGGAAACCGGCUCUUCAAGCUGGGCCGCUACGAGGAGGCUUCUACCAAGUAUCAGGAAGCCAUCGUCUGCCUGAGGAACCUGCAGAUCAAGGAGAAACCCUGGGAGGUGCCGUGGCUGAAGCUGGAGAAAAUGAUCAACACCCUGAUCCUGAACUACUGCCAGUGUCUGUUGAAAAAGGAGGAAUACUAUGAGGUGCUGGCGCACACCAGUGACAUCCUCCAGCACCACCCAGGCAUCGCGAAGGCCUACUACGUGCGGGCCCGGGCUCACGCCGAGGUGUGGAAUGAGGCAGAGGCCAAGGCUGACCUGGAGAAAGUGCUGGAGCUGGAGCCGUCCAUGCGGAAGGUGGUGCGCAGAGAGCUGAGUCUGCUGGAGAACCGCCUGGAGGAGAAACGCGAGGAGGAGCGGCUGCGCUGCAGGAACAUGCUGGGCUAG